UGUUUUAUUCCCCACCACUUCCCAUCCCCUUCCACUUCUAUAUAAACAAUGGACUUGUCCAUCUUCCUCCUCACUUCUCUCCCUGGCCUUUCACUUGAAGUUCCAAGCUGCUCUCUCUCUCUCUCUCAUCUUGGGGCUGAAACUUGUCAGUGCUAGCCAAAAAUGGGUUCUCUUGGAUUCACCAUUGUGGCCUUCCUCGCGUUGCUGAAGACAGCCCAAAGUGAUGGGAGUGGAUGGAACAAUGCCCAUGCCACCUUCUAUGGAGGCAGUGAUGCUUCUGGAACAAUGGGUGGGGCUUGUGGGUAUGGCAAUCUAUAUAGCCAAGGGUAUGGCACGAACACGGCUGCCCUGAGCACCGCCCUGUUCAACGAUGGGCAGAGCUGUGGGGCAUGCUACGAGAUCCAGUGUAUGAACGAGAAGCAGUGGUGCUUGUCUGGUUCCAUCAUCAUCACCGCCACCAAUUUCUGCCCUCCUAACCCUGGCCUUCCCAACAAUAAUGGAGGAUGGUGUAAUCCCCCUCUCGAACACUUCGAUCUCGCCCAGCCGGUCUUCCAACAGAUUGCUCAGUACAAAGCCGGAAUAGUCCCUGUUCAGUACAGAAGGGUGGCUUGUGUGAGGAAGGGUGGGAUCAGAUUCACUAUCAAUGGCCACUCUUACUUCAACCUGGUCCUCAUAACCAACGUGGGCGGCGCCGGGGACGUGGUGGCGGUGUCGAUCAGAGGCUCCAACCCCGGCUGGCAAGCCAUGUCCAGGAAUUGGGGCCAGAACUGGCAGAGCAACUCGUACCUCAACGGCCAGGCCCUCUCCUUCAAGGUCACCACCAGCGACGGCCGCACCACGGUCUCCAACAACGCGGCCCCACCCAAUUGGUCCUUCGGCCAGACAUUCAGCGGGUCCCAAUUCUAAACCCGACCCACCAAAAAAACCCGAAAAAGCUAACUAAGAAAACUACACUUCUUAACCCAAUGAAGGGCCUAAUUUUAAUUUCCUUCAGUCUAAGAUAGGCUUCUAAAGCAUAACAUUUGACAUUAUGUAUGUUGGUUGGUCAUGUGGUUGUUCUAGUCUCCCUGCGGUGGGCCUUUUUCGGAGCAGUCCCCCCGAAGUCGUUUCCCCUUCACUCACGCUCUCUAUUCAAACGGGCGUGACGUGGCGUCGUGUUGUACCAUCGUGUCGUGCACGGAGGCGGUCUACACAUCGUAGGAGGCCUCUUUUUAGUAACUUACUUAUAUACGGAAAGAACCAUUUUGGCUGAGGUGAAUUGAGGAACGGUCACCCGCCCAGGAAGAUUGCAAGUUCUAAUGUGUAAUUCUAGGCUUCACUUCUCUCAGUAAGAGGAGGUUGUGGAAGACUUUUAGCUGUCUGCUUUUUUUUUUUUUCCUGUUGUUUUGGAAGCUCAGAAUGCACUGAGUUGAGCAGUGACAAACUUUUUUUUGUACACGGCUGAAUCAGCGGACUGUGUACUUGAGUCCUAUAAACUACAUGUGUUCUAUGUUA